GUUAAAGCCUCAUGCAGCAGCACAUAGAAAUAGGUCCGUCUGCUUGUGACUUCUUCGAUGUGUUUGCUAUUUAAACGGUAGAUAGGUGCGUGGAGGCGGACCUGACAGAUAACGGAUCAUUGCAAGAGUAACAUUCACAGGUGAGUCAACAUGUCGGUACGAUUACUGUGACUGUAUUAAACCCUUUCGUCUGUUCAUUUGCAUUCGGCACAUGCACACUGCUCAGGCACGGUCUGUAGCGUUAAAGACAGCAUGACCUUAUUAAUAGAACAGAUCGAUUGCAUUGAGUAAAUACAUGUUGCCUUCUCAUUUAUCCGCUGUCACGUCUUAAUUUAUUUAUUUGGAACAACCUAAACAGGAAUGGGUUUGUCCUGCUGCGAGUUUACAACCCCCGUGUCUCCUUUUUACUUGGCAGACCAGUCCAUUGAAAUUCCUGCAGGGUUUGUUCGAGAUUUGCAAGUUUAGCUGUGUUGCAAUACGUUCUUUGUAAACACUGUUAGAUAUCAAUCAUGCACGAGAUGCCAAAAAUGCAAAUAAUGUUUUAAAAAAUUGUUAAAGUCAAAGAUCAGACAGUUUCAGGGGUGGUGUUGAAAUGCAUUGGAGACUAGAGGAAACUAUAUGUGCUAUAAGAUGUGUGUUUAUGGCAAAUUGCAAGUCAAGCAAAAACCUGGAGAUGUGUAGACAAAAAGAGAAGUAACUUGAGAGCACAAGGACAAGACGUAGAGAAAGGAGUGUCUUCUAUAAACUAAGGUGGGUUUGGUCAGAGAAGCAUGCAGAGAGAGGGAGAGGGGGACUGUACAAGCUGUGGUUUCACAAGCAAUGUAUAUGCAGGGCUUUUAGUUGGCUGUUAUCUUAUCAGUUAAGUGGUACAAAGAGGAUGCAAUAAACUCAUCUAUUUCCCCUUGUCUGACACCAGUUAGUUACAGUUUCAGAGUCGGCUUCUGUCUUCAUAAUGGCUGAAACUUUGGGGAAAUUCGACUUUGCCAUCGACCGAGGAGGCACCUUCACUGAUGUUUUUGCCCGGCUGCCUGAUGGUCAGGAAAGGGUCCUGAAAUUGCUUUCCCGGGACCCCCAGAACUAUAGAGAUGCUCCCACAGAGGGGAUCCGCAGAGUCCUGGAAGAGGUAAUGUGGCAUCCCAAGAAGCAUAAUUUGUGGGUGUGAAGUGGAUGGGGAACACGUGAAAAAGUGUGUUAGGUUGUGAGUGCAUAGAUUUGUUUCUGUUGCUUUUGAAUUUGCUUCUACAACUCUACAUGUCCCAGACUUUCAGAAUAAAAGACAAGUCUGCAAACCAAAUAUAACAACAAAACGUAAAAUGUGUAAGUUGACAUACACAGCUAUAUGAGCAGUAGGUGAUAAAUGUUUAUUUUUGUGUAUUUAUUGACAGGAAACGGGGCUCGUCUUUCCUCGAGACCAGCCUGUUGACACCUCUCUGAUUGGUUGGAUUCGAAUGGGCACAACCGUGGCAACCAACGCUCUACUGGAGAGGGAGGGAGAAAGGACUGCGCUCCUGGUCACAAAGGGCUUUAAGGACCUGUUGCACAUUGGCACACAGGCCAGGCCGAAGCUGUUUGACUUGGUUUGUGAUGCUUGUAUUGGUUACUCAUUCAUUUUAUACACUUCAGUGUUUGAAAUCCGUAAUUUUGAUUGCAGCAUCAGUGGUUUCUAGGCUUGAGAAGCCCAGGUCAGGAUCUAUAAAUUCUGCAACUCAGAGUUUAGUCAUUAUCUUGUGUUACAAAAGCAUGGGGGCAGGUUUUGGAGUUUGUCCCCAGACCAGUUGUACCAUCUAAAGUUUAAAUUGUCACUUAUCUACUAUACAAAGCCAAUACUUCCUCACAGAAAAAGCUGUCUAAGGCCCAGUGAAUAAGAAGGCUACAUUCAACCUUUAAAUUUAUUUGAUAUCACAAAAGGAAGCAUGCCCCUCAUCAUCUUCUAGCUCAGUAUGUUUACAGAUUCUACUAGUCGACGCACUUAAAUUUAGGGUUUACAUGUUUGUGUGAGAUGAGUAAACAAGGAACUAUGCUUGCAAGAGUUUACCUGUGUUGAGUUGCAUACCCUGAGGUCUAAGAAAUACAGGUAGAGAGGUGACAGUAUUAGGAGUAAAGAGUCUGGGUCAGAGUGCAGCAGUUCCUGCAAAGACUAUGUCAGUGUGUUUCUUCGUUGAGGGUAGUGGAGAACUAAGCUGAGGACUCACAUAACACCAUCACCUGUAUGUCUAAAUGUAGGAAAAUUCCACACCUUCCAUGAUAUGUGACAUGUUUUGAGAUAUUUCAAUUGCUGUUGUUUAAUUUACUUGGAUUUAUAGCACAUGUGAUUUCUGUGUGUUCAAACAGGAGGUGGCUGUUCCUGAAGUGCUCUAUGAAGAGGUAAUAGAGGUGGAUGAGCGAGUCGUGCUCAGGCAAGAUGGCUGCCAGCUUCCCAGAAAAGAUCCAAAACGUAUUGUCACAGGUGUGGAGUCAAUGUAAAAGCUUCAAAAUGAUUUAAAGGUUGUUGAUUUUUAUUGCAUUGAAUUGUAUCGUAUUAAUUAGCCAAGAUUGCAGGGUUUGUGAGGAUUCCACUCAGUUAGUUGGCUGGUUGUUUGGUACGUCUUAAACCUGAAUGAAAGACCUAGAAAAUGGAUGACCACAUUCACAGAUUACUUCCCAUUUUCUGCUUUACCUGAAUGUCAAAAUUCCGAUUGUGUGUCUUUCAGGCAGUACAGGAGAUACUCUGGAAGUGUGGAAGGAGCUCAAUCUGGAGAAAGUUGAAAAAGACCUCAGAGGAGUUCUGUCUCGUGGGAUCACCGGCUUGGCUGUGCUUCUGCUGCACUCUUACACGUAAGUAGCACAGCUUGUCUCUUUACCAUUUGGAAAAGAGGUGUAUUUGUUCAUGCUUGUAAUCGGAUAUAUCUUGUCCUCCAGUCUUUCAUUGACUUUUUUUCUCUCAAUCUGGAACAAGCUGCAUUUGUUCUUUCACUUAGAGGCUGGCUGUGCGCUUAUAGAACAUUUUGUUUCAUUUCUUCCUUUUGGUACAGUAUACUCUUAUGUAAUUUUUGCUCAUAGCGUCUCUGUGGGUGUAGAAGUAUGUACACUGUACAUGUCAAAGCUGUCUGGUGUCAAAUAGCCUGUUUCUUUAGUAUAUGGAACCCAUGUGGUUUGCUGGGAGGAGGUUCAUAGCUGCUCUCCCAUUGGUUCAUUGAAUCCCAGCUGCAGCCAAAGUCUGCAGACAUGUUUCAAUUAAAGAAAGCAGUGAGACCACUUAGAUUUACUUAUGUUAUAGUUUCCAUAUAAAGGUUUGAAGCGAGAGUGCACUGCAAAAAAAGAGAUUAAGUUGAAUGAGAGCUUUGUAUUUGACUUAAAUUCAAUCUCCGCCUAAUUCCCCUCUCUCUCUUUUGGACUACUGCAGAUGGUCUGAGCACGAGAAAGCAGUAGGUGCUUUGGCACAUCGCCUCGGCUUCACCCAGGUGUCUUUGUCCAGUGAGGUCAUGCCUAUGGUACGAGCAGUUCCUCGGGGUUACACAGCCUGUGCGGACGCCUACCUCACACCCAAAGUUCAGCAGUAUCUGAAAGGCUUUGCCGCAGGUUUUAAAGGUGGCCUACAGGUGUGUUUUGCGCAUUUCCCACACUAAAUGUAUAAAUUUGUAUUUUUACAGACGAAGUACCAAAGGACUUGGGGGUGUAUAGUACAUUACUAUUAAUAACCUCCACCUAAAGACAACAUGCACUGUAGCUGUUGGGUGUCAGUUAAUUUCCUGCUUUAAGAUUGAACUCCUGAACCUGUCUUCAGGAUGUGGAUGUCCUCUUCAUGCAGUCAGAUGGUGGUCUGACUCCCAUGGAGCAGUUCUGUGGCUCCAGGGCCAUUCUGUCCGGCCCAGCAGGAGGUGUCGUGGGAUACGCCAUCACUUCUUACAGCCAGCAUGAGCUAAAAGCUGUGAUUGGCUUUGACAUGGGCGGUGAGUUGCGGGAAUACUGAGGAAAACUGUUACUAUCUGGGACAAUUACAGAGUCCACAGACUAUGACAGGAAGUUCCUGCUAUUGUUUUGUCGUUCUUUGAUUUCAUUAUGUACCACCCAUUAUAACCCAGUCAAUUUAUUUAUCUCAUACUGAUAGUGUCUUCAUUUCUCUCUGUUUCAAGUAUUAUCAACAAAGUAUUGCAAGUGUGCUUACUAAUGGAGGGAAUGGCAAUCCAUCUCUUUCUAUAGUAUACACAUACACUUACACAACAUUUAGCUUUCUACACUUAGGGUCUUCCUGACCUCCCCUGGUCUGCUUCUCUCCAGGAACAUCCACUGAUGUGAGUCGCUAUGCAGGCAAGUAUGAACACGUGUUCGAGGCUACCACAGCUGGAGUCACCCUGCAGGCACCCCAGCUGGAUAUCAACACUGUGGCUGCAGGUGGAGGAUCACGACUCUUCUUCAGGUCAGUUUGUCAAUGCUUGUCUCUGACAAAUCAUUUGAUGAGUACAUUUCUGUGCAUCACAUUUUAAAGGUCUUUGUUACAGGUCUUUGAUAUGCUUAUAUAUUUAUUUAAAUCAUUAUAAAGUUGUUCGGUGCUGAAACAGUUAUUUCAAGUGGACUUUUAUCUGAUAACAAGUUUUAGUGACAUCUGCAGAUCCUCCCGAUGUGUACUUUAAGCAAAAAGAGCUUCAUUUGUCAGAAGCUGUGUUUUAGCCAUCACAUGAGCUUAAUCAAUGACCAGAUUGUCUGCAGGGAAGUUGCACUGUGGACAAUUUAGACACCAGGCUUUGACAAGGACACAAAACCUAUUGUUAAAAAAACACAAUGGUUUUGGACGUGACAGAAAUGAUGUGGACUGAAGGGGAAUCCACUGGUGUCUGAGAGUAAAAUAGCCAAGCUACAUUUCUAAAAACGGGUGUUGUAUAAUGUAAAUAGAAAAGCCGUUUUUAGCAGUAACUUCAUAAUCUAUGCAUCUGUAUCUUCUUGGUGAAUCAUUAGCUGAGUGAUGCAUCUGUGUAACUCUUUAACUUUUAAAAGGAUGAUGCAAGUAAAAACACCAGAACUAGUAAAGAUCCCAAAAGACAGAGGUCAAAGGUCACAUCAGUUUCUGUCAGUUUUGUAACAAAUUUUAACUCUCUAGAAACAUAUCUAACUUAAGCUAUUCAUGGCCUUUUUUUCCAUCUUUUCCCUCCCCUUUAGAUCCGGGAUGUUCGUGGUUGGACCAGAGUCUGCGGGUGCACAUCCAGGACCGGCCUGUUACAGAAAAGGUAACAGAGUGUUCCCACAGCUGUUGCACCGUUUAAGACUUUUUAACUCCUUUCUUUCUGCACAUUAUUUUGAUUUUUUUUCCUUCUAACCCAACUUUAGAAAUAUAAAAGUGUAAAUUGCAGCUCUCUUUCCAUACUUAGUUUAGCAUCUUAAACAGAAUUCUUAUUCCAGACUUGGGAUAUCCAAUGUUCAGCUCCCCCUCCCCCUUCUUUUGGGUUGAUAAUCUGGUUCAGCUGUGUAAAGGAAAAUUGGCCACAGUGCAGGUUUUUGGAUGACAUAACUACAGUGUGCUUUAUGGCUCUGUGUUUGAGCUGCAAUGUGGGCGUUUACUACAAGAAAUUUGACGUGCUGUGCAAUACUGACUGAAUCUCAAAGUGACUUUUUACAUGCAAGAUUACAAUAACAGCAUGGAUCUGGAAUCUGGAUAAACAUGACCCUGUGUUGGAUUUUUACAGGUGGUCCUCUGACUGUAACAGAUGCUAACUUAGCACUGGGCCGCCUCCUUCCCUCCUUCUUUCCUAAGAUCUUUGGACCAGGGGAGAAUGAACCGCUGUCGAUGGAAGAAACCAUGAGGCAUUUCCGUUAUCUGACCCAGGAGAUCAACCUCUUCCUGUCUUCAAACCAAACACAGGCAUUGAUUUUGACUUAAAUUUAAGCCCCAAUUUAAAAUGCAGAAUAGUAGAUAAAGGCUGAAAAAUUUCCUUUAUGUUUUUAUCAGCAGAUAAAUGCCAACGGGGCUAACCACUCACACAACCAAACAUCAGCCAUGAGCGUGGAGGAGGUUGCCAUGGGAUUCAUACGUGUGGCUAAUGAAGCCAUGUGUCGGCCAAUCAGAGCUCUGACCCAGGUUUGACUUUGAAUAUUAAGAUCUUAGCUUCAGUGUGAUAAGAUUAAAUUUUUCAACCCUCAUCUCUUCCAUCAAACUCCCUCCUCUCUCACCCUCUUGCAGGCUAAGGGUCAUGAUACAUCUCAGCACGUUUUGGCGUGUUUCGGGGGCGCAGGUGGCCAACAUGCCUGUGCGAUUGCUAGAGCCCUUGGCAUGAAGACUGUCUUCAUCCAUAAGUAAGGCUUUUCUCUACAUGGAGUGCAUUUACAUGGAUUUAAGAGUCCAGGUUGGGAUUUUUUGGUAAUUGUAUCAUAUCGCAUUGUAUCAUCUGGCUCUAAUAUUGUUCCUGUGUCUUGUGUGUUGCAGAUACAGCGGUGUAUUAUCAGCUUAUGGACUUGCUCUCGCUGAUGUUGUUGAAGAGGUGCAGGAGCCCUGUUCUCUGCGGUAUGAGCAAAACUCCUUCAUGGAGCUGGAUCGGAGGGUAGAGCGUCUCUCCAAACGCUGCCAUGAUACACUUUGCUUACGUGGAUUCACCAGGUCAGCACCCACAAAACACUACAAACUCAAAAGUGUGGUCAUUUCCUUAUGUAGCGAUCCAUAUGAGAACAAGCACUAUAAAAAAGUAAUGACACAGUGAUGCAACCUUGUGUUUCUGUUCCUCUCCAGCUCUCAGAUCACGACUGAGGUAUUCCUCCACCUGCGUUACGAGGGAACCGACUGCGCUCUCAUGGUUACUGCAGCUGGUUACCCCAGCAACGCCCAAUCAUGCCUGGCUGGAGACUUUCGUAGGGGCUUCACUAAUCGGUUAGCUCUUUGCUAAUGCAUUUGUGUGUCACUGUAACAACUAAAUGUCUGAAAAAUGUAUAGCUUGAUAGAUCAUAUACAAGUACACCUACACUCUACUGUACACUCUUUUGACAAACUUCAUAUUAAGAGGCGAUGUAUUUCUUCUUCCUUAACCCUCUAAUGUGAAACUUCUUUUUCUUUUAGUUAUCUGAAGGAGUUCGGAUUCACUAUCCCAGACAGACCCAUCAUGGUUGAUGACAUCAGAGUGAGGGGUUGUGGGAAAUCUGGUAUUAAAUCUGUGCAUAAGAGUAUGAUGGGAUAUGGACAAGCCAAACCAGUCGCGGUACAUAGAUUUUCUUUGAGACACUUUUCCAAGCAAAUGAUAGUCAUGUUAACUACAAAGGCCAAUGAUAAAUAUAUUUACAGUCAAAGUAAUGAAAAGGUCAACUGUUCAGUCUUAAAACUUCUAUCCUUGAUCCACUUUGGCUUUAUUAUCCACUGUAGAGGACCAAGUGUUACUUUGAGGAGGGGUACCUGGACACCAGUGUGUAUCUGUGGGAGGAGCUGCCCUGUGGUCAAAGCAUCCAGGGACCAGCCAUCAUCAUUGACAAGAACAGGCAAGCGCUAUUUUCUUACUGUUAUAACUUCCUCAUAAACCUCAAUGAAGCUUUCUUUGAGUGAUAGAUACUGAAAGACAAAUUUGUACAAAUAAAUAUAAUACCAGCCAAAAUAAAUCAGACCAAAAUCAGAUUCUCUCCCUCAUGAUAUGUUCUUUGUUACAUCAGUCAACAGUAAAAUACACUAAGUUCAUGCAAACACCAGUAAGUUGUAGUUAUCUAUAAUUCCAUUAAUCAUCUGAAUUAAUAAUAAAUUAAAUAAAAGGGUUUUUUUUUUUAAAGAAACUUUAAGUUUCUCUGACUGAUCCUCCUCUUCGUCACUAAUCUGGUAAACUAUGCUGCAGCAGCUCGUAUUUGUCAGUCAUGAGUUUGUGACCCUUUCCUCAAAAUUGGAUGUGAACUAAAAUUCUCCAGAAAAGGAUCAUUUGGACAUCAUUCAGUUUAUAAAAGAAAACUAUCUUUACAGAAAGCAUACUUGAGGUAAUAAAUAAAUAAAUAGAUAAAAAUUCAGUCUAUGAUUAAAAGUUUUUAAAAUGUAGGAGAACAAGAUUAGGGUAUCCCCACUUUAUUAUUAUUAUUUAAUCAACUAUCUAUCUUAAAGUUCCUAUGAUGAGAUUCAGGCAUUAAUGUUCUAGAAAAAAAUAAUAAUAAUGCUGUUUCAUGAUAUCCAAAAGUAAACAAGACCAUCAGUAAUAACUCAAACAAGAUUCACGCAAAUGAUACAUCAAAUCUACCCCUUUUUUCUGAGUUCAGUAUUUUAAAAAAGCUUUAUUAUCAUUUGUGUCUUUAAAUGAUCAGUAGUCAUGUUUUUUCUGCAUCUUUCUCCACCAGUACCAUACUCGUGGAGCCGUGCUGUGAGGCUCGUCUGACAGAAGGGGGCGACGUUUGUAUGACUGUGGGCUCUGACCCUCACUGCAUCCUGGGCACUGAACUCAACACGGUGCAGCUCUCCAUCUUCUCCCAUCGCUUCAUGAGCAUAGCAGGUAGGACACUGGAGGACAGUAAUGAUAGAAGAGUGAAGGUGAAAGACUUCAUGAAUCCUCUGUGAGCUGACCUCAUGGUUCCUCCCCCACAGAACAGAUGGGUCGAGUCCUUCAAAGAACCUCCAUCUCCACCAACAUCAAGGAACGUCUCGACUUCUCCUGUGCUGUAUUUGGACCAGAUGGGGGUUUAGUGUCCAAUGCACCCCACAUCCCUGUACACCUGGGGGCCAUGCAAGAGACAGUCCAGUUCCAGGUGAGGAGUGUUAACCCCUUUCUCUGAGUCUCUGGAUUUAGAGGAAAGCAACUGUGCAGAAUGAGAAAACAGUAUCUUUGUCUUCUUAUCUGUGCAGAUGAAAAAAUUGGCUAACAAGCUGAGAGAGGGUGAUGUGAUCCUGAGUAACCACCCAUGUGCUGGAGGAAGCCACCUCCCAGACCUCACGGUCAUCACACCGGUCUGUUUGUCCUACUAAACCCUUACUCUUUUUAUUAUCCGCUUUGUUAUGAACGACAUCUUUCUUCUAACCACUACAGCAGCUGCUUUCUCUCUCCAUCUCCUCCACAGGUUUUCAAGAGAGGUGUGAGUGGGCCAGUGUUCUUUGUAGCCAGCAGAGGGCACCACGCUGACAUUGGCGGCAUCACUCCAGGCUCAAUGCCCCCUCACUCCACCUCCCUGCAGCAGGAGGGGGCCGUCUUCACUUCCUUUAAACUCGUCACCGGUGGCAUCUUCCAGGAGGAAGGUAAAGAGAGGGGGAGGUGAAGCAGGAAAGAAAGAGAGUGACAGGGGAAAGAUUAUACAGAGGGGCAUCUUGAUGAAAAGCUGAAAUAGACACUUCUUGUUUUUCAAUUUCUUUUUUUCCAAUGAGGACAGGGUGGAAAAUACCAGAAAGAAACACUUGAUAUUAGUAUCUUAUAUUUUUUACUUACUUUAGAUGUCUAAUACAGAGCUGUGAGUGAAUAUAAACCUGUAUUUUUCUUAAAUUAAUACAUCACGCACUUUAAAAACUGUCCAGAUUUGAUAAAGAAACAAAAAGCUUCUAUAAAAUGCUAUAUUAAUUUUGUAACAUUUUUUGGUCAUGUUUUGCAGCUUAAAUCCUGUACAUGGAAGUCUUUGAAUAUACCACCAGUGUUUGUUUUUAGACUACCACAGUCAUGUUCAUAAUGCAGCUUAAAAAACUAACAUGACUGACACUUUAUUCCUCUUUUUCCAGGUUUAAUUUUCUGUAAAUUUACAUUUUGUUGUUCCAUUAAUUAAAAGCAAAUCUCUGAAAACAGGAACAAAUGCUUUUAGGGAUAGCUCAGGUUGAAAUAUUAUCCUUAUUGUACAUAAUAAUUAGCUUAAAUGCACAAAAACACUAGUGUGGUCCCAUAAUAACAGCUCAAAUCAAUGCAGUUCAGCUUUAACAUAUAUAGUGACUUCCCAUAAUCCUUCACUCUUUCUCUCUUUCUCUCCUUUCCUGCUCCUCGUCUCUUCAUAUCAGCUGUAACUGAAGCCCUCAUGGCUCCAGCCCAGUACCCAGACUGCUCUGGGACUCGUAAUCUCCAUGACAACCUAUCAGACCUGCGGGCUCAGGUGGCGGCCAAUCAAAGAGGCAGCCAGCUGGUGGGGGAGUUGAUUGACAGCUACGGGUUAGCUGUGGUCCAGGCCUACAUGGGAUACAUCCAGGUACCAGUGGAUACAUAAUAAACAGAAUUUUGUGUGUGUUUACAUUGUAGGACUACAGCUUAUAUGUUUGUCAUUCAGAGUAAUGCAGAGUUGGCGGUCAGAGACAUGCUGAGAGACUUUGCACGCCGCCGGAGGCAACAGACCGGCUCUUUGGAGGUGGAGUCAGAGGAUUUCAUGGAUGAUGGGACGCCAAUCAGACUGCGUAUCCAGAUUAAUGAGGAGGAGGUGAGUAGGGAGAGAUAUGAACACUUACAUACAUAAACACAAAGAGUGAUGUGUUAUUGAGAAUAAGUGCAAAAUAAAUCUUAAAACCUCCAUCACUGCAGGGCAGCGCGGUGUUCGACUUCACAGGGACCGGAACAGAAGUGUGGGGGAACUGCAACGCUCCACGUGCCAUCACCUUCUCUGCUCUUAUCUACUGCCUGCGCUGCAUGGUUGGACAGGACAUCCCCCUCAACCAGGUGAUAACAGACCCCACCCUCUUGGUGUUUAAAAACAUCAAGGUUUGACUGCAUGAAAUCUGAUUUUCCUUCUUAUUCAGGGCUGUCUGGCACCAAUCAGAGUCAUCAUUCCUCCCGGAUCAAUCCUUGAACCCUCCGAUGACGCAGCUGUGGUUGGAGGAAACGUGCUGACAUCUCAGAGGGUGGUUGAUGUCAUCUUUAAGGCAUUUGAGGUGUGCGCCGCUUCACAGGUAAGAAAUCAGACAUCUUAGUUUUUUACUUUCAAGGUAAUUCAAUGAUAAAGUGUUUCUUUAGUUGGAAGAUUGAUGGUCAUAAAAGCUCACCCAUGUUUUGUGUCUCCGUUUUUAGUUCAUGACUAUUCUUUUCAUCCUCAGGGCUGUAUGAACAACAUUUCAUUUGGCAGUCAGAGGGUCGGUUACUAUGAGACAGUUGCUGGGGGAGCAGGGGCGGGGCCAGGCUGGAAUGGGCAAAGUGGAGUUCAUAGUCACAUGACCAAUACCCGCAUCACUGACCCCGAGAUUCUUGAGAAGAGGUCCGGCAGGAUUUUAAACUAUUUAAAGAUUUACUCUUUUGUUUACUAAGUAAUAAUAAGUUAGUAUAAUCUUGAUAAUGUUGCUUUUGCCAUCUGGCGUCCAGAUACCCGGUUAUUUUGGAGCAGUUCUCUCUGCGUCCUGGCUCAGGGGGAGCUGGAAAAUACCGCGGGGGAGACGGCGUGGUACGGAAACUUCGAUUCAGGAAAGAAGUUGUGUUGUCUGUCCUGACAGAGAGGCGCUCCACCCGUCCGUACGGCCUCAGGGGUACAUUCUGACUCCAAAAGUUAUCUGCAUAAAUUUCCAUGUUCCCAUUUCCAUUGCCUCAUUGAAUGAUGCAUGGUUGUGUAUUUGGUUACUCAGUGAUACCAUGACAUUAAGUCACUACAGCCUCCUUCUUCCCUGUCUUUCAAACAGGCGGUGAGGACGGAGCAGCUGGGAUGAACCUGCUUCACAGAGCAGACGGACGAGUUCUCAACCUGGGAGCUAAAACCAGUGUCAGCCUUCAGCCUGGGGUAAGACUACAUGACAGCAUUAAAAAUCAUUCCAAAAUAUGUGUCAUUAACAAGUAACUGAAUCUUAAGAUAUGAAACCAAGAUAUCCUGGCUCAAAUCUAGUCCUUUUUUGUCUCUUGAAGAUGAGACUGCUGUUGAUUAGUGAUGAUUUUUCUGUCUUACCAACUCUACAUCUGUGUCUCCCCCUGCAGGACAUGUUCUGUCUCUACACCCCAGGAGGAGGGGGCUAUGGAAGAGAGGAUGACCCAAACAGGAGACCUCAAACCAAGCGUAGGCGCUUGAAUGAGACCUUUCCUGAGAGAGGCAGCGUCUUUGAAUACCGAAUGGCACAAGAGGGAGUGUGAAAGAAAAUGAGAGCAAGAGAGAGAGGAGAGGUAAAGAGGUGGGGAUAUAAGCGUGUCUCUUUAGCACAUAAAAAGAUGCGGCAAACAAGAUGGAAACAUUCAGUAGUAUUAAGAUUUUGGAUGUUUCACUAUGAGAAAUAAAGAGGCGAGUCUGACAGUUAGACUAAGAUGUAGUCUGGCAACAAAAUGUCACAUAUCAUCAUGGUUUAUGAUCAACUUUUUUAAACAUAAGACUCUUUAGCUUUGUAGGAAACUGUUAGCUCAACAGUUAGAUGUGUGUGAGGGACAAGUGUCAUAUUUUCUUGCUCAUAAUAGUUGUAUACUCACUGUACAGGGGUGUGUACUGAAUCUGAACUACCUGUUUCAGUGCGUUUCACAUCUCCCUACUGUUAGUGAAACUUGCCCCCACCAUCCUGCCUGUGUGUGUUUUACACACAAUGGCCAAACAGGGGCGUAAAUAUCUGGUCUGAACUGGGGAUAUAUGUAGCACAUUUCCUUUUCUUAGUACUCUAUAUCGUAACUUUUUUUCAUCCUUUUUUAAAUCCUUAAUACUCUUAUUGCUUCUGCAUCGUCUUGUAUUCAUAAGUUACCAUAUAAAUCACAGGUAAAUAACCAAUAACAAUAAUAGUUAAAGUGGAUUUGAUAGGUGAAAAAGACGAUAAAUGGAUACUAUUCAUUUGUGUGCGAACAGAUACUCAUUGCCCCAAGUGGCCACCCCAGUUUGAAAAGUCUGGACACACCCCUGUCCACUUUGUAGUGGGAUUGGGUUUGAGUUGGGUGUUAUUUUUAGCUCACUGGUAAAAGUUUAGGCGAUACAGAGCCAGUUUAGCAGCCUCAGUUUGAUGACGAAAUACACAGAGUACUGUAUAUUUUGUUGUUUCUAGACCCCAGAAGUAUUUUUGUAGGUUUGAUAGCCUUUUUUUGUAUUGAAAUCUUUUUCAGUUUUCAUUGAUUCAAGUCUUACUGUAAAGGGGAGGAAAAACAACCAUAGUGUGUUUUUUAACUGGAAUAACCAUCUAUCUUAAACCAGAUAUUUGUGGUUUUAUUCCUUUUUAACACAAAAUAAACCCCAUUUAUACUACUGACAUUUCCCCUUGUGUGUUUUUUUAUAUUUUUGUGGUGUAGCCCGGUCUUAAAAUUUAAACACAACUCUACGUUUGGCAUGCAGGACUGAGAGAAUCUUAAGAAACUCCUGAUGAACCUGGUUUAUGUCGUCCAGAGAUGUUUUUCUUUAAUUUAGAAGUUGAUACAAACACUUCUCCAGGGUGACUGAUCAACAAUUACCUCACUUACAAAUCACCACAGCCCAGUGUGAACCCUCGUCAUACAUGCAAAUUCAUGAGCUCGAGCGUUCAGAAACAACCCAGAGUAGUUGUGUGUUUGGGGGAAGGGGACACGUCCCUGUUUAUGUGGUGUCCCCUCCUCCCACCUUUAAGUGAGGGAUGAUCAGGGAGAAAAGGAGGAAAGAUGGUGAGAGAGUUCAGGCAUGCGUAGGCUGUUGAUAAAGAGAUAGAGGGCACAGCAGUAGAAGCAGCAGGAGGCUGACGGCUGCUGGACCGUUGAUGUAAAUCAACCAGCUCCGUAUAUCUGUGUCAGUGUGGGUGUGGGCCUCAAGUAUGGAGGACGUGGUCUGUGGAUCAAAGGUACUUUCUUUGUUUAUAGAUCACAAUCCCUGCGAAAAAACUAUCAUAAUACGAGGAUUUGAGACUCACUCCAGCAACAACUAGUCCACAUUUCUCUUCCCCUGCCCUCUCUCCACUACUCUCUCUCUCUUUCUCCCCCUAUCUCUCUGUAUUUCUCCCCAACCCAGCAGCGGCCUGAUGGCUGUCUAACAUGAGUCUGGUCCUGCUCAAGGUUUCUGCCUAUUAAAAGGAAGUUUUUUCUUGCCACUGUUACUCAUGUUAGAUGAGAUGGGUCAAAUCUGUCCCAUCUUAGGUUGGGUCUUGAUAAUUCAUCAAACAUUGAGCGUGGUCUAGACCUGCUCUUUUUCUUUGGAAAGCAUCUUGGGAUGAUGACUGCUGUGAAUUGGCGCUAUAUAAAUAAAAUUUGAUUGAUUGAUUGA